GCAUUUUGUUCAAAUUACGGAUGUAAAUGUCAACCCAUGAACAGCACAUUCAAUUCAUUCAUAUCCACAAGAAUCUUCCAAUCCCCAUGCACUCAACUUGCCCUUAUCUAAAGCUCUACAUAAACCCCCAAUCCCCUUCACAUUCAAUUGUCACCACAAGGCUUCAGUCUUAUAGUGAGAGAUUGCUAGAGCAAGAUAUACACAUAGAAAGGCAUAGCUGAAAGAGAAGAGAGAGAUUAGAAUGAAGGAAAAAAGAGGAAGAGAGAUGGAGAGAAAAGAAGAGGGAAGGCAAGCUUUGAUACCGGGAUUACCGGACGACAUAGCUUUGGACUGCCUCGCCCGAGUCCCGCACCGAUUCCACUCGGGUCUCCGACUCGUCUGCUAUGGUUGGCGGGAUCUGGCCACCGGCCCGUGCUUCUACCAGCACCGGGAGCGUAUUGGGGCGGCGGAGGACCUGAUCUUCCUCGUCCAAGCCCUCGUCAAGAAGGGCUCCGGAGACGGCGGCGAGGCUAAGGAAGAGGAUGAGGCGGAGAAUGGCUGCUCCGCCGCAGUGUGCAGCCCGCCGACCUACGGGCUGAGCAUGUACAACGCGACCGAGGGAUCGUGGCACCGGGUGGUGAUGGCGGAGCCGGUGCCGCUCUUUGCCCAUGUCGUGGCGGUGGGCGGAAAGCUGGUGAUGGUCGGGGGUUGGGACCCUGUGACCCUCGAGCCGGUGGCAGAGGUGCGGGUGCUGGAUCUGGCGCGGGGGGAGUGGCGGCGGGGUGCGGCGAUGACCGCGGCGCGCAGCUUCUUCGGGUGCGCGGCUGUGGCGGGGAGGGUGUACGUCGCCGGGGGCCACGACGCGGGGAAGAACGCGCUGCGGGAGGCGGAGGCGUACGACGCCGCGGCGGACCAGUGGGCUGCGAUGCCGGCGAUGGGGGAGGAGCGGGACGAGUGCAAGGGGGUGGCUGCGGGUGGGCAAUUCUGGGCGGUGAGCGGGUACGGGACGGAGGAGCAGGGGAUGUUCGGCGGCGCGUCGGAGCGGUACGACGAGGCGGCAGGGGAGUGGCGGAGGGAGGAGGGGGCGUCGGAGGCGGCGGCGGAGGGUGGGAGCGGCGGCGGCGACGCCGCGUACGUGGGGGUGGCCAGGGGUAGGAUGUGGAGCGUGGAGUGCGGCGGGGGGAGGAGAGGGGUACGGGAGUACGCGGGGAGUGGAAGGGGAUGGAAGGAGGUAGCGCCGCUGCCAGAGGGUGCGAUGUCGAGGCCGUGCGCGGCGGCGAUGGGCGGCGGGGAGAGGGUGUUCCUGAUGGCGGCGACGGCGGAGGGGAACGGGAGUGGGCCCCACCGGGGGUGGAUCCUGGAAGCGGGGUCCGCGAAUUGGGCCCGAGUCGAGACCCCGGUCCGGUUCUCCGGGUUCGCUUACUCGGCCGCUGCGGUCCGGCUUUAAAUCAUUAGACGUCGGUCGAACCGGUCCACUCCCCCAUCCCCAAAUCCUGUAAAUUAUGCCUCUAAUUUGGAGACUCCUUAAUCAUACUUAUACUAUAAUCACCGUUAAAUCCUUCAAUCUCAAGCAAUUUGUAUUUGGGUAAAAGCCACCUGUUGCUUUGAUCACUCUCCACAUGUUGUAAUCUCAAUCUUGUCAUAUCUCAUAUUAAUUCCUUCAUUCGAGUUGA